AUGGUUGUGUCGCUGCGGAGCUGGGUCGCCAACGAGGGGGGGAAGCAUCUGAUCCUGAUGCUGUGGUUGGCAGCAAACACCUGGCUGUUCCUCAGGACCUUCCUGCUCUAUUCCACUGGACAUCAGUAUCACUACCUGUACGAGAUGCUCGGGCUCGGUCUGUGCAUCAGCAGGGCGUCUGCAUCCGUGCUGAACCUGAACUGCAGCUUGGUGCUGCUGCCCAUGUGUCGCUCACUGCUCACCUUUGUCCGGGGAACACACACGGUAUCGAGCAGAAAGACGCGCAGACUGCUGGACAAGAGCAAAACCUUUCAUGUGGCCUGUGGAGUCACCAUCUGCAUCUUCUCUGUUGUGCACGUGUCCGCCCACUUGGUGAACGUCAUGAACUUCAGUGUGAGGUACUCGGACGACUUUCCUGCUCUCAAUUUGGCUCGCCACAGAGGAGAGGAUCCCAAGCUGAUCAUCUUGACAACAAUCCCAGGAGUCACCGGCGUCCUGUUGGUUCUCAUCCUCUUCCUGAUGUUCAUGUCCUCCUCCUCCUGCGUACGUGUGUCCAACUAUGAGAUCUUCUGGUACACACACAACCUCUUCAUUGUCUUCUACAUCAUCCUCAUGGUGCACAUGGUCGGUGGAGCUCUCAAGUAUCAGACCAACAUCGAGGCCCACCCCCCCGGCUGCCUCCGAGCCAAUCAGAGCAACACAGAGCAACAGGACAAGGAGCUGGAGCAGGGUGAAGAUGAGGAGAGGAGAUGCAGAGAGGAGGCUCACUUCCAACCUCACUACCCCCAGACAUGGCUGUGGGUGUCCGGUCCUCUCUGUCUCUACUGUGCGGAGCGUUUCUACCGCUACAUCAGGGGCAGUGACCCCGUUACCGUGGUGACAGUCAUCAGGCAUCCCUGUGAUGUCAUUGAGUUGCGGAUGCUCAAGAAAAACUUCAAAGCUCGUCCUGGACAGUAUAUUCUUCUCAACUGUCCAGGUGUCUCGUCGUUUGAGAACCAUCCCUUCACCCUAACGACGUGUCCCACAGAGAACAAGACAACUUUUGGCGUCCAUCUCCGAGUCUUGGGAGACUGGACUGAGCGGUUCACACAGCUGCUGCUCCCUCAACCGAGAGUAGACCUGGAGAUCCUUCCCAUGGUGCAACAGAGGCGAUACCCCAAGCUCUACGUGGACGGUCCAUUUGGGAGUCCAUCAGAGGAAGUGUUCAACUACGACGUCAGUGUGUGUGUUGCUGGCGGAAUCGGAGUCACGCCGUUUGCCUGCGUGCUGCACGCUCUGCUUGACGGCUGGGAGGGUUUCAGGUUGCAGAGGUUGUACUUUGUUUGGGUCUGCAGAGAGCUUCAGUCCUUCUACUGGUUUGCUGAGCUGCUGUGUGCCCUUCAUCACAAGCUUUGGCGGGAAAACAGACCAGACUACUUUAAUCUGAAGCUGUACGUGAGUCAGACAGACAGUCUACAGAAGGUUGCAGGAGAGAAGUACCGCCCCCUAUCCUCCAGGCUGCUGGUUGGAAGACCCAGGUGGAAGAUGCUGUUUGAUGAGAUUGGGAGGUCCAAUAAGAAUAAGCGAGUGGGGGUUUUCUGCUGUGGACCGAGGGGCAUCUCCAGGACUCUGCACAAAUUAUGUAACUCAAGCCGAUCCUCUGGAACAAUCUUUGAAUUCAAUAAGGAGUCAUUCAGCUGA